AUGGAGAAACAAGAUCACGAACAGAUACCGGACAAUUUCCAAAACAGCCGAAAUCGGUUAACAUCAGUCUUCCGCCGACUUAAGGCUAAGCCCGAGCUUCUGCAACAAUACGACGACAUCAUUAAACAGCAAAAACGUGACGGUAUCAUCGAGCAGGUGACAGAGCCGUCACCGCCGCCAGGUAAAGCCCAUUACUUGCCCCAUCAUUACGUCUUAAAGGAAGAUAAGUCCACAACCAAGGUGCGCAUUGUUUACGAUGCUUCUUCAAAUUCUCCGUCACUCAACGAUUGCUUGGAAAAGGGUCCUUCUCUUCUUCCUCUACUUAUGGACAUCCUUAUCUGUUUUGGGACCUACAAGGUUGCGGUAGCAAGCGACAUUAAACAAGCAUUUUUAAAUGUGGCGAUCAACACACCUGAUCGUGACUUCUUACGCUUCCUAUGGUUUGACGAUAUAACAAAAGAAAAUCCUCAACUCAUGAUAUACCGAUACACUCGUGUAAUCUUUGGAAUGAACGCUUCACAUGCCGACCCUGACUUUGUGCUAGCUUUCUUAGAAAACCUUUAUGUCGACGACAGCAUUGGCGGAGGAGAUACCAGCGAUCAGGUGUUCACAUUUUACCAAAAGGCAAAAGCACGGCUUAAGGAAGCUGGUUUAAUCUUACGAAAAUGGCGUUCUAACAGUCCAACUCUCCAAGCGCAAAUCUCCAAAUUUGAAAUCGAGGAUCCAGCUCCUCCCGAUGAAAAAAUCUUGGGCAUCACAUGGGAUACGGCCAAUGACGAAAUGCAAAUAGACCUGUCAAGACAAAAACAGUUAGCUCAAUCCGACGUCCUUCUAACUAAACGCAACAUCCUAAAAAUCAUCGCAUCGAUUUACGACCCAGUCGGUUUGGUUUCGCCCCUCGUUGUACCGUUUAAGGUAUUCUUCCAGAAGUUAUGCACAACCGUAAACGAUUGGGACACUGAGGUUAGUGAGGAAUUAAAGGACGAAUGGAAUUCGUUAAUACAGUUAUUUUCAAUCUCGUCGAAAUAUCGAUUGCCACGUUAUUACUUCGCUAACUAUCCUUUAAGUGAUUUGAAAGACAUCACCCUGCAUGGCUUUUGUGAUGCAAGUAAAAGAUCAUACGCUGCUGUUGUCUACAUUAUUGGAACGUUAUCAAACGGACGCUCUGUUGGACGCAUUGUGUGUAGUAAAACAAAAGUAUCCCCUCUCAAUGAACUGUCUAUCCCUAGACUGGAGCUUCUCUCAUGCUUACUUCUUUCUUCCUUAUUUGCGUGCAUUAGUCAGUCGUUAGGUAGCGCCGUUCCAGUAGCUUUGAAAUUUUGUUGGAGCGACUCAAUUGAUGCACUAUGUUGGGUUAGAAAUAAUAAUUCUAGUAAGCCAUUUGUUAAGAACAGAGUGACAAAAAUUAGGGAUUUAACGCCUCCAGCUGUGGAGGCGUUAAAUCCCUAA